CCGAAACCCGACGCGCCGUGACGUGACAAGCCGGGCACCGCUCCUGCCGGUCGCAUCAAAUUGCAGUCCCCGGUCCGUCGCAAACCUCCGUCCACGAGCCCUUACCUCCCGCCGCGGUAGUCGCCCCGGCGGCGAGCUGAGUUCCGCCCCCACCCCCAACACCGCCGGAGCCCAAUCACAGCCGGGAUCUCGACCUCGCUUGUCGCCGCCAUGGACGAGGCUCUGCUCCAGAUCUGGAGCUGGGCCGCCGGAAAGACGAAGCGGAAGACGAAUAGAGGAAGUCGCAGGCAGAUUUUGGAUUUCUGGGUUCGAUUUUUCCCCGGUUCUCCCGACGAGCUACGAUGAAAAAUGGGAGAGCUUUAACAUUCAGCUUACACGUCACUUGGCACUAGUGGCAUGGCACUAGUGACACAUAUCGAAAAUGCUGAUCUCUCAACCUUACCACGGUCCACCGUCCUCCUCCUCCGUUUCAUUAGUGAAAGACGACAAAAAAUGGUCUUCUGUUUCUUCGAUCUGGAAACCCUCGUUUUCGUCGGGUAGUCGACAAACGCCGCGAAGGAUGCGCAAGCUCUUCUCAUGGCUUCUUUGCGUCUCUGCAAUAAUGGGAUUCGCGGAGCCGAGAUGGGUCCGCUUCAGCUGGGACGUGGAGAAAAUGGUGGACCCGAAGCAUGUGCAGUUCAUCGUCAUCAAUGGCGACAGGACGGCCCCGACCAUCCGAGCGCAACGGGGAGAUAUUAUCGUCGUGCAAGUCAGGGACGGCUUGGGAGAAGAUCUCGUGAUCGUUUGGCAGGGAGUUGAAAAGUGUAAAGGAGCAGAUCAACCCAAUCCGGCGGGACAAGUGGUUACUCAUUAUUGCCUGGUUGCGAAGCAGGCAGGGGUCUUCUCGUAUCAAGCGCAAUCCAAGCUUCAGAGAGAUGCUGGUUUGCAGGGUUCGAUUGUGGUUCUGUAGAACGGCUGAUAAAUUUUUUUUUUAAUUUUAAUUUUUUUUUAAGCAAAGAACGGCUGAUAAAGUUAGAUGUACGGUUAUAUGGUCAAAUUCAGUGUUGAGACUGCCUCAGCCACCUGCUAAGCUACAUGGGAGUUUGAUGAAUGUUACAUGAGAGUACAAAUUAUGCCUA